AUGGAUGAAUCAUUGGAAUUUUUUUUACACUUUGAUACAUUUAUUGUGAAGGAAUCAAUUGAAGAAAAUAAUUUUUUUAAAAAUAUUUUUAAAUCAAGAAAAAAAGAAGGCCAAUUUAAUAUUUAUGGCGUCAACAAUGAUUUAAUUUUAAUUGGUAAAGAAUAUUAUAGAGAUAAUUAUUCAGAUUUUUUAAGUUUUCAAAAAUAUAGACCAUAUAAAAUUAGUAUUCAAACAUUGGAUGGAAGUGAAAUAUUAAAAUUUAAAAGAGAUAAACAAUGUGGUAGACAAGGUUGCUUCUGUGGUAUACUAUGUUGUUGUGCAAUUGAAAGUUGUCAUCAAGAUUUACUAAUUUUCUGUGGUGAUAACACAGCAACGCCAAGAGUUUAUUUAGGUAGAGUUAAAGAAGAGUUUAGUUGGUUUCAACCAGUUUUCAAAAUUUAUGAUGAUGAUAAUAAUGAACAAUUUAAAAUCGUUGGUCAUAAAAUUAAAAAUAAUUCAAAUAUAACUAAUAAUAAAAUGAUAACAUCUCAAUCCCUUUCAUCAUAUUAUCAAAUGAAAAUUUAUCAACAACAAAAUCCACAUCAUCAUCAACAAAAACACCAACAACAACAACAAUCAUUCUUAAAUAAUGAUCAAUCAAUUUUAAAUACACUUUCAAAUAUAAUUUCAGAUGGUGAUGAAAUUGGAGAAAUCUCAAAAUUAUAUUCAGGAUUACAACAAUCUCUUUUCAAUGAUAAAGAUAACAUCUAUAUUGAUUUCCCACCAAAAUCAACAAUUCACCAAAAAUCAAUUUUAUUAGGUGCUUUAUUUUUAAUUAAUUCAUUAUAUUUCGGUUUAGAAUCAAAUACAAUUGAUGAAAAUUAUAAUAAUAAUAAUAAUAAUAAUAAUAAUAAUAAUAAUAAUAAUAAUAAUAAUAAUAAUAAAAUAAAUAAUAUUGAAUUAAAUAAAUAA